UAUAUCUUUUUAAUAUAAUGUAUCAUAUAACUUCUUUUAUUUAAGAAAUAUAUCGGUAUUAAUAUUGGUUUAUCAACGGAAAAUGAAAUGAAAAUCUAAAUUAUAUCAACUAAGUAGUUGGUAUAAUUCUAUCAAAUGCCUGCAACUUUUCAACUCUAUUUAAUAAAAUAAAUAAAAAUUAAAAAUAAAUAAAAUAAACCUAAAAUAAACUAAACAUAGGUUCAACUUAAGAAAAAAAAAGAAAUAGAAAAAGAGAAUAUUAAAAAAAGUUUGAAGGAGUCCACCCAAAAAAAAAAAAGUGUGAAGGAAAGACCACAAAAUAAGUAAUCUAUUAGUAAUUGUAUUUAUAUUAGUUGGUUAGUAAGGAAUGUAAAUAUAACAAUUAAUAAAUAUUAUAUUAUAAUAUUUAAUUAGUUUUAUUUAUUAAUAAUUUGGUAGAUUUGUUUUUGGACAGUAGAUUGAGUCUAUUGGAGAGACUAUUGUUUGGGGAUUGGGCCUUUGAGGCCCGGUGGAAAUAAAAAAGAAUAGCAGGUAAUAGUCGGAUAUCCCUAGCCAACCCAGAGAAAGCCUCAAAGUCAUUAGCUAUGACGAACAUGCACGCGUGUCUCCAACGCGCCACCGCCACACGACAGAUCCACGCCUAGAGAGCUGCCUAUAUCUUUAAUUCGAUUUGUAUAUUUGGAUAUUCCAAUUUCGAUUUUAUACAGACAAUUAUUUUUCAUCAUCUCUACUUACCAAUUGUAAAUGGCUUCAAGGAAGAAAAUAUGGCAAGAUUUUGCGAGAUUUUACGGUAAUCACAUUACCCAUUUCAGAUUUUAUAGCUCCCAAGUAGACUGGAAAAAGCUGAGACCUAUGAUAUUGAAGAGAAUAGAAAAUAGAGCUAAGGACUAUCCUGUAAGAGACUUGGUUCCUGUUGCUCAUGAGGUCCUUCAAGCUAGAAUGCUUCUUAUUCAAGGUGUAUCCACUCUUAUUCAAGUGAUUCCUGUAGUUGCUUGCAAGUUCUGUCCUGAGGUUCAUAUUGGUGAGAGAGGACAUUUAAUUCAGACUUGUUGGGGGUAUAGGCGUGGUGCUAAGAAUCGGGUUCAUGAAUGGAUUGGUGGUGGUUUAAAUGAUAUACUAGUUCCAGUUGAAACAUUUCGCCUUAACAGUACGUUCCAAAAGGUUAUUAAACAUGACCAAAGAUUCGAUUUUGAUCGUGUUCCUGCAAUAGUGGAGCUAUGUAGGCAGGCGGGGGCUUAUGUCACUGAUGAGAAUUUGUACUAUGGUUUAAGGAGUUCAGAUAAUGUUAUUAAUGGUGUUGAUAAAGCUGAGUCUUUAUCAGCUGAGGAUCUCCAGUUUGUCGCAAAUGGAACUUUGAGGGCAUGGGAGACACUUAGAUCAGGCGUACAAAGAUUGUUGUUAGUUUAUCAGGCAAAAGUUUGUAAGUACUGUUCAGAGAUUCAUGUUGGACCAUCUGGACAUAAGGCUCGCCAUUGUGGGAUAUUUAAGUAUGAGAGUUGGCGUGGAUCACACUUCUGGGAGAGGGCAAGGGUGGAUGAUUUGGUGCCCCCAAAGAUUGUCUGGCGGCGACGGCCUCAAGAUCCUCCUGUUCUUUUAAAUGAAGGGCGGAACUUUUAUGGACACGCACCAGCAAUAGUGGAUCUGUGCACAAAGGCUGGUGCUAUUGCACCCACAAAGUAUUAUUGCAUGAUGAAAAAUCAGGGUUUAACAGCACCAGUUUGAUUUUGGAAAUGAUGGUUCGUUGAGUAUUUAGUUGGCUGGAGAUUGAACCCUGUAGAGCUUUUCUUAACUCUAAAUCAGAGCCUGAACGGACUUGUAAUUGGAUGCUCAAAGAGCUCACUUGUAUGUCUUGGAUGCUGGUGCUUUGUUUUACCUCGGCCUCAUUAUUUAUUCAUAAAUACAAAAUUUGUUAACAUUACAUUAGCUUUAGUUAUAGAACAUAAAAGUUAGUCAACUAGCAAUAAUCUCUGUAUUUGCACAAUAGUUUAUAUUAUUUAGUUACCUACAUUCUUUGUACAGUUUUAUGGUUUUGAAGAAUGGACUGUCUGCUUCAUUACUUUCUGUCAAA